CAAGCUUCGACCCGAAUCCCGCCACUGGACCUGUUCCUUCUAUGUUAAGACACCUAGAGUUUGCGUUAGCACGAAGCUAACCAGGGUCAGCUGGUGCAUGAUGCAUAAAACGUGGAAAUUCUACCACGGGUCACACUCCUUACCUACUGAUCGCUUCCGUCUUGUUGCGAUAACGUUGUAUCCUACUUUCGUUGAGGGAAUAUGUCUGACAACAAAGCUUUCAUAUUGAACGGGCCUUUGGAUGCUACAUUUGGACAGAGACCGAUACCUGAGCUUGACCCCGAUGAAGUGCUCAUAGCAGUGAAGAAGACUGGUAUAUGCGGGUCUGAUAUGCAUAACUACGUCGAAGGACGUAUCGGAGCUAAUACCGCCACUCAACCGUUCGUACUUGGACACGAGGCGUCUGGAGUAAUCGAGAAAAUUGGGGCGAGAGUGAAAAAUGUGAAGGUUGGCGAUCGUGUUGCGAUGGAGCCAGGCGUGACAUGUCGCAAGUGUUGGGAUUGCAAGAAUGGCAAAUACCAACUUUGUCAACACGUCAUAUUUGCAUCCUCUUGCCCUGUUGAUGGAACACUCAAGCGCUACCAUAAGCUCCCGUCAGAUUUAACAUACAAACUUCCUGACCAUCUUACACUUGAGGAUGGUGCAAUGAUCGAGCCGUUGUCAGUCGCUGUUCACGCCGUAUCUGCUACAGCUCAUGUUCGUGCCGGUCAAAAUGUCGUUGUCUUUGGUGCGGGCCCUGUCGGUCUUCUAUGCAUGGCUGUUGCGCGAGCUCUCGGCGCGCAUCGCGUCAUCGGUGUCGAUAUUGUUCCUACACGACUUGAGUUUGCGCUAAACUAUGCCGCAACAGAGACCUUCUUAGCGCCGCCGCGCUCCGGUGAAAGCGCAAUAGAGUAUUCUAAGAAGACAGCGGAGAUGAUGAAGAACGCACUUGGAGUGGAAGAAAGGGGACCUAAUAGCAUCAACGUAGCUCUUGAUGCGACAGGCGCGGAGACGUGCAUCCAAGUAGCGCUUUUAGCGGUCAGAGCUGGCGGUACAGUAGUACAGGUCGGUUUCGGAGCACAGGAAGUCCAAAUCCCUAUUACGGCGCUUCUAGUAAAAGAGAUCACGUUCAAAGGCUCCAUCUGUUACGGUCCCGGUGAUUAUACACUCGCAAUGGCUCUCGCGUCAUCAAGGAAAGUCGAUCUCAAACCGCUCGUGACCCAUAGAUUCAAGUUCGAGGAUGCUAUUGCUGCUUUUGAAACGACUCGUGCUGGAAGAAGCAUUGAUUCGAAUGGACAAAUCACGAAUGUCAUCAAGACGAUCAUCUCUGGGCCAGAUGUCGACCCCGCAGCGCCUUGAAUCAAAUGAACAGAUGUGAAACAUAGGGCCAACGUGGCUCGUCCUCUCGUUGUCCCGCUGUGAUUUAAACUACGCCCUGUUCUGACCAUCAGAUUUACUGGAUCUUUUUUACCGUUAGUGUAUGAGUAAGGAUUGGGAGCUGUAUUACCAGACGA